AUGGUGCAGCUCAUGGAGUUCAUCGAAGGCGCUGGGAGGCUCCGGGGCAAUGCCAAGGCUCUGGACAUUUGGCGCGUGGAGACCAAACUCGAGGUGGGGUUGGAGGGCGGCGCCAAAGUCUUUGUGCGGCGCAAACUUGAGGUGCUCUUCGAGCGGGUGCUGCGCGCCCUGCCAGCGAUGGAAGCUUCGGAAGCUGCCGCCGAGGCGGCCUCGGGGGCGCCCUCCGUGCAGGAGGUCUUCGACCACUCGGUGCAGGGACCUCGGAUGUGGAAUCAGGGUCGACUUCUGGAGCGGCGCUGCCCCGGAAUCAGCGGAGUGUGGAUGGCAAGGUUCCGGCACAUCAAAGCUACGGUGAACUAUCGGGAAGGCAGCGGGACCACCACUCCACAUCCGGAGUACAAAGCUACGGUGAACUAUCGGGAAGGCAGCGGGACCAUCACUCCACAUCCGGAGAUGGACAACCAGACCUUCACAAAGGCAGUAGUGAACGUGCUGAUCAUCGUGGGGAAGGAUGACAUCCCGAUCUACGAAGCUGACCUGAGCACUGAGGGAAUCCGGGAGGACAGCCCUCACCUGGAUCAGUUCGUGAUCCAUUCGGCACUGGAUAUGGUGGAUGAUAUGGCCUGGACCACGUCCUCCAUGUUCCUCCGUAACGUGGACAAGUUCAACGACUUCCACGUCUCCGCCUACUGCACUGCUGGCCGAGUCCGCAUGAUGCUGCUGCACAAGCACAGAAACGAGGAAGCCAUUCGCGCCUUCUUCGCAGACCUACACGAACUCUUCAUCAAGGCCAUGAUGAGUCCUUUCCAGACCCCUGGUGCGCGGAUUCAUUCCCCGGUCUUUGACCAGAAGGUACGAGCGGCUGGACAAAGGCACUUCCGCGCUUGA